AUGUCGACCCAAUGGAAAAAGAAGGGACUACCGACACGACACUUUUCCUAUGUGCAAAAUAUUGAUCCCGGGUUGCCUUUGUUUCUAUUCAACUAUAGUGAUAGGAAGCUUCAUGGAAUUUUUGAGGCAUCAUCUAAAGGAAAAAUGUACAUGGACCCUUAUGCAUGGAUUGAUGACGAUUUUUCAGAUAAAACACAAUAUCCUGCACAGGUGAAAGUUCGUGUUCGAAUUCAGUGUCAUCCAUUGUCCGAAGAUAAAUUUGGGCAUGCAAUUGCAAAGAACUAUUAUUCUGAUAACCAUUUUCGAUUUGAACUCGACCAUAGACAAACAAGCAAUCUAAUGUAUUUGCUCGCGUCUAUGGCAAUAGCUCCUGAUGGAGACAUCAAACAAUUGUAUAAUCGCCCGAUUAAGAAGCAGAUAGAUGAAGAUGACAAAAAUCUUAUUUAUAAGAAACUAUUGAAAUUAGCUCGUGAUAAGGAAUGUGGAGAACUAUCUUUACUACACCAUGCACACAACGUAGAUGACGCUCCUUAUAUAGAGAUGCCAACAUAUUUAGAACAGAUGGGAGCGAGUUCAUGUGCUUCAAUUGAGAAUCAAUACACCGUAUUUCAGUUUGGGCAAGGAGUUGAAGAACUCGGAGCUUUCAAACAAGCACAAUUGCAGGAGAAUUUUUAUCUAGAAGAAAAGUUGAUGAAGACAUCAUUGGAAAUUCAACAUGUGAAACAUCAUUGUACAAUAUUUGAAUGUACAAAUGUUGAGCAAACAACUAUGCAAUCAACUAUUGAGUUGCAUUUGAACUCUAAACGAUCAUCACUUUCAAAAGGAAGUUUUGAAGGUGCUACUACCAAUGGAUUUGAAUGCUUAACAAAUGUUGAGAUGCUUGAUUUAGAUCGUGGAAGAUGGAUGUCUACUCAUUCAAUUUUAGAUAAGGUAAAACAUAUUAGCUAUUAG